AUGGAGACAGCAGAGGGGCAGCCGGCGAGGGAGGACGGAGACAGCAGAGGGGCAGCCGGCGAGGGAGGACGGAGACAGCAGAGGGGCAGCCGGCGAGGGAGGACGGAGACUGCAGAGGGGCAGCCGGCGUUGGUGGACGGAGACUGCAGAGGGGCAGCCGGCGAGGGAGGACGGAGACAGCAGAGGGGCAGCCGGCGAGGGAGGACGGAGACUGCAGAGGGGCAGCCGGCGAGGGAGGACGGAGACUGCAGAGGGGCAGCCGGCGAGGGAGGACGGAGACAGCAGAGGGGCAGCCGGCGAGGGAGGACGGAGACUGCAGAGGGGCAGCCGGCGAGGGAGGACGGAGACAGCAGAGGGGCAGCCGGCGAGGGAGGACGGAGACAGCAGAGGGGCAGCCGGCGAGGGAGGACGGAGACAGCAGAGGGGCAGCCGGCGAGGGAGGACGGAGACAGCAGAGGGGCAGCCGGCGAGGGAGGACGGAGACAGCAGAGGGGCAGCCGGCGAGGGAGGACGGAGACUGCAGAGGGGCAGCCGGCGAGGGUGGACGGAGACAGCAGAGGGGCAGCCGGCGAGGGAGGACGGAGACAGCAGAGGGGCAGCCGGCGAGGGAGGACGGAGACAGCAGAGGGGCUGCCGGCGAGGGAGGACGGAGACAGCAGAGGGGCAGCCGGCGAGGGAGGACGGAGACAGCAGAGGGGCAGCCGGCGAGGGAGAACGGAGACAGCAGAGGGGCAGCCGGCGAGGGAGGACGGAGACUGCAGAGGGGCAGCCGGCGAGGGUGGACGGAGACAGCAGAGGGGCAGCCGGCGAGGGUGGACGGAGACGGCAGAGGGGCAGCAGGCGCGCCGCGCAUUCGCUGGCGGCUGCUCGUCACCGACACGCAGGCGCCAACCCUCGGUCUGA